AUGGCGGACUGCGAACUGUACUCGCGAAACGGCCGCGUUGUGGGCAUCAAAGACGACGAGGCAGAUGAGAUCACAGUAAUGCAAUUCAACGUCCUAGCCGAUGGGCUAUGCGACUUGCGUCAUGACAAGGGAGGGUUCAUCCUUGCGCCCCCAGAGUGCUUGCCAUGGUCGUAUCGCGCAACUUGUACGAGUGAAAUGGAUUCUGGCAGCGAUCGCACGGAGCAAUUGGACAGGUUGGGGUACAGCGGCCACUUUGCAGCGAAACGCGAAUCGCCCUGCUUGGAGUACAGUGACCUUCCCGAUGGAUGUGCAAUCUUCGUGAACAGUACCAAGUGA